AUGUUGAAGUUGCUUGGAAGUCUUAGGCGGUUGGAUUUGUCAGGAUCUGAAAACUUGAAAGAGAUUCCAGAUCUUUCGCACGCCCCCAAUCUCCAGUAUUUGGUUCUCACAGGCUGCAACGGUUUGGUUAUGCUCCCAUCUUCAAUUCGGAAUCUCCAUGAACUGAUGGAAUUGAACAUGAGUGGAUGCUCAAGGCUCGAACUUCUUCCAACAGACGUCAACUUAGAAUCACUCGAGUUCCUUACACUCAGUGAGUGUUCACGGUUGAGAUUUUUUCCUAAAAUCUCAACAAGGAUUCAGUAUCUCGAUCUAAGCCACACUGCCAUUGAAGAAGUGCCUUCUUGGAUUAAUGAUAUCUCUGAGCUCGCUGUACUAACAAUGAGUGGUUGCAAGAGGUUAGAAACCAUCUCCCCAAACAUUUUGAAACUGAACAGUCUUCACAUGGUAGAUUUUUCAGACUGCGAAGGAUUGUUACCAAUGCUUGAGAAGGCAACGUUUCCUCGUACUGAAUUGCAUACAAAGUGUUGUGAGUCUCUCCAGGGUACACCUCACUCCUCCCACAAUCCAGUGACUUGUCUUGAAGUCCAGAACUGCUUCGAUUUGGAUAGAGAUGCGAGGCGAUUCAUCUUACAACUAGACAACACAUAUUCUCUCUUACCAGGUGGAGAAGUACCUAUAUAUUUCACACAUCGAGCUUCCAGAAGUUCCCUAGUUUUCCCUUUACACAAGAGCUCUCUCUCUCUGAAGAGUUUCUGGGAUUUAAGGCUUGCAUCUUGCUCGAAUCCUCAACUAGCUGUUGCCACUAUACUCCAGACAUCGAGGUACGCUGGUACUUCAGAGCCACAACCGAUACGUUUUAUGUAGACGCUUACAUGGACUCAUGUAAGAUGGAUAAGCUGGCUUUGUUUCAAAUUUGGCUCCCUACUAAAAAUAUCAAUGAUCCUCCACCAGAAUUGGACUACAACUAUUUGGAAUUUCAUUUUUACUACCGUAGCAACAGAUAUUUCCAUGAAUCCGACAUGGAUAACUGUCCUUGUUCGACUCAGAGGAUAAAAGGAUGCGGUGUACGGAUACGGGAUGUUUCUCCUUACCCGGAUGUUAAUGAUAGAAGCUCUGAACAGUCUCCAUGCGAUGUAGAGUAGAAGGACAUGAACAUUGGAUAAACUAUAUUUUACCAGAACAAAUCCACUUGAUUUAUUGUGCAGAUGACAGAUACCUUCAAACUACUUACCAUGUGACCAAACUGUGCUGAACACAGGAUUGACGCUUUGACUUGGAAGCUUAAGCUACUAGUAA